UGAGUGCCGUCACCGAGGGCCGCGCCAGACUGCGACAGAUAUUGGGAGGGCAAGUGUUUCCUUUUGGCUCUUCCCUUUGGACCCCAGAGUGAGAAACUCUAACGUCCAGAUCAGUGGAGAGAAACGCAGAUUUAGGACCCUGAGGAGUCUUCGUCACCCGUUUCGCGUCAUUCGCUCAGGCGCGCCGAGGGCAGUCCUUGUGGGGUCCUCGUGACCAGCCAAGAUGGCUGCCCUCGCAGUGAAGGUUGCCCGAGGAUGGUCGGGCCUGGCGUUGGGCGUGCGGCGCGCUGUCUUGCAGCUUCCAGGGUUAACUCAGGUGAGGUGGAGCCGCUAUAGUCCUGAAUUCAGGGAUCCCUUGAUUGACAAGGAAUAUUAUCGUAAGCCUGUGGAGGAGCUAACUGAGGAGGAGAAGUAUGAUCGGGAGCUCAAGAAGACUCAGCUCAUCAAAGCUGCUCCAGCAGGGAAAACAAGUUCUGUGUUUGAAGACCCAGUCAUCAGUAAAUUCACCAACAUGAUGAUGAAAGGAGGAAACAAAGUACUGGCCAGAUCCCUCGUGACUCAGACUCUGGAAGCUGUGAAAAGGAAGCAAUUUGAGAAGUACCAUUCCGCUUCUGCAGAGGAACAGGCAACCAUCGAACGCAACCCCUACACCAUCUUCCACCAAGCACUGAAAAACUGUGAGCCUGUGAUUGGGCUGGUACCCAUCCUCAAGGGAGGCCGUUUCUACCAGGUCCCUGUACCCCUACCCGACCAGCGCCGCCGCUUCCUAGCCAUGAAGUGGAUGAUCACUGAGUGCCGGGAGAACAAGCACCGGCGGACACUGAUGCCGGAGAAGCUAUCACACGAGCUGCUGGAGGCUUUCCAUAACCGGGGUCCUGUGAUCAAGAGGAAGCAUGACAUGCACAAGAUGGCAGAGGCCAACCGUGCCCUGGCCCACUACCGCUGGUGGUAGAGUCUCCAGGAGGAGCCCAGGGCCCUCUGCCGCAGCAAACAGUGUGAGCCACUGCCAGGCUGAAAGCUCCCUGUGGGUUAGGGAUGUGGCUCCUUUGUAAGGAUGGGCAGGCCUCAUGAGAAAGAGGGAGCAGCAUGUUCACUAUCCGAGAAUCCUCCUUUCUUUGAGGCUGGAACUUGCUCUCUCUGCCCCCAUUUCCUUAUAAAGAGGGAGCACAUUGACUUGGGAAUUUCCUCCAGGAAACUCAGAGCCGUCUUCUCUUCCCUUAGCUUGGGGUGGACCUUUGGAUAUAAAAGGAAGCAGUUUUAGUAUUAGAAAAGAUUUAUUAGAAAAUUCUCACGCUGAACUGGUGUAGUAUGUGGUGCAGCAUUCAUUGAAACUGGCUGGAGGAAAUAGGCUUGCUUCCAGAGUUGUCCUUGUACAAAAUGUAUAAAAAGCAGUUUCUAGUA